AUGGACCAGGAGACAAGGGACCAGAUGAAAAACGCCGCGGCGGAGGCGAAGGACAAUGUGCACGACAAGAUCCAGGAGCUGAAGGACGAUGUGGGGAACAAGGCUGCAGAGGUCCGUGACGCAGUGAGCAGCACGGUUGAGAGCAUCAAGGACAAGCUAAGCGGUGGCUCGUAA